GAGCCUCGGAUAUGCACGUCAAUGUGAAUAUCUUUCAUUAAUUAUAAAAAAAAAAAAGUUAAAAAAGAUUGGAUUAUCAUCUUAAAGCAAAGACAACAUGUUUGUACACGUACUGAUUAUCUUAUUAACAUGAUUGAUCUCAAAAUGGCGAGGAAUGGACAGCAAGAUUUUAACAGAAGUGCCUUGAUAAUCAUGAAUAAGCGGGUGUGUUACACAGGUCAACGUAUAAGUAGAAUACCUGCAGGGCUAGUAAAAAUAGUAGGAGCUAAUUGCGUGACUCUUGAUUUAUCAUACAAUCAGCUCACGUCUAUAUCAGCAUUAAAGGACUAUGGGAAUCUCCAGGAAUUAAUUUUGGAUAAUAAUAAGUUGCGUGAUCUUAAAACAUUACCAUAUGUACCGGCUUUAACAACAAUUAGUUUGAAUAAUAAUGAGUUGAGUGAUAUAGAUGCUGCAUUAGAAAAAAUAAAAAACUGUUGUCCCAAUAUCAAGUAUGUGAGUCUCUUGGGAAAUCCGGGUUACCCCGAUCAACUCACAGAUCCUGUGAACAAUGAUGAGGCAGACUAUGAUCGUUACAGAUUAUACGCAAUUCAUAUUCUACCAGAUUCUCUCCGCUUUCUCGAUUUUCGGCCAGUUACUCUAAUAGAAAGAAAAGACGCUUGUGAUCGAGGUCGUUUUCUUCGGACUAUUAAGCUUUCCACAUCUUCGUCUGUGUCUGGACCACAAAUUACUCCUAUGGAUAACAUAGAUGCUAUUCUAAACACUAAUUAUUCUCCUUUACCAACAUCUAAUCGUAGUCCACAUGAUCAUAAAGGAGCAUAUGGCAAAUGUCGUUAUCGAUACUCUGGAAAAAAUUCAGAAGGUAAUCGUUUCAUUAUAAACAGUGAUCUUUAAUUUUUUAUGUAAUAGUACACAGUAAUAGAUUGAUAAUAGUAAUAAUACUAGUGUAACUUGUAUGAGCAUAAAAAAUUUAAGUUUAUUUGAUCCAGUUAAACUGGACAGGAAUAUU